AUGAGCGGCGACUGCAAUACGAAGAGUAUUAUUCGAUCACCAGGAAAAUCAUUGCCCGUGGUGUUGUCGACUAUUAAAGUGAGAGUGUCGUCACGACGUGACUUAUCGCCUUCUCCGUGUGCCAAGAAGAGACGGAAGUAUAAUAGUGAAAGCUGGAAAUCGUUUAACGAGGACAAUAUGGCAUCGCAGAGUUCAAACUCACCUGGACUUGUCAACGCAGCAUCAUCCACGCUGUCUACUACAGGAUCAUCGGCACCAGUGGCUGUUGCCACACAAUUGCCCUCGUCGUCAUUGUCAGUAGCAACCUCUUUAUCUACGCCCUCGUCUUCUGCAUCAACGUCCCCGUCGCAGUCACCCUCGCCGUCACCUAUGCUGUCGCCAUCCUCCAUCUCUUCUAUCCCUCAAGGACUUCAAACUCAUUCGCAGCAGAAAUCAAAUAAUUUUGAACCGCUUGACAAAAGUUCAUCCAAUACUUUGAAGAGAAAUCCUAAAAUGGAGUUGAGUAAAACGGAUCUGUUGAAGCUUCUUGGAUAUUUGGAGGGAGAAUUACAAGCACGUGACAUUGUAAUAGCUGCAUUAAAAUCGGAAAAAAUGAAGCAUUUGUUGAGCUCAAGAUAUCGGAGUGGUACAGCAGAUCCUCAUUCAGCGUUAGCACGGGAUGUUGCUAUUGUAGGUGGUGUUAUGCGAAUGGAAAACAAUCAAACAGACCGACAAGUUGCUAGUUUAGAGGCUCUUGUAACUCAACAAAGACGAAUGCAAUGUCGAAUGGCCAAGGUUCUUAAAGAGGCGGAAAUUCGACAUAGAUUGGUAAUAAAAGAAUUAGAAGAAGAGAAACGUAAGCAUGAGCACGACACGGCACAGGGCGAUGACAUUACUUAUGGACUUGAAAAAGAGCGUACUAGAUUAAAAAAAGAAUUAGAAUUAGAAAGACAAGAGAAAAAACGACUGGAAAUGGAAUUGAAAAAAGAAAAUAUUUCACUUGAAGUUGAAAAAUCACGUGAAAAACAAAUAGUAUUGGUAUUAUUAGCUGAGCUUGAGAAAAUCAUAAUGAAGUACGUGGAGGAGAGAAAGCGUUCUGAGGACUUGGCCCAAAUAUUGAGUGAAGAAAAGGUACGCAUUGAUUCGAUGGCCGAGGGAUUGGAAGAAGAAAGUAAAAAGUCCUUACAAAUGGAGGCUGAGUUAGAAAAACAACAAGCGCAAUUUGAUAUGGAGCGUCAGCAGUAUCGUCAAGCACUUGCUAAAGCUGAAAAACGCAGCAAGGAACUGGAAGCGGAUCUCGAGGGGCUAAAAACGGAAAUAGAGUCGUGGAAGAACGGUGCUACUAUGCGUAAUGUUCGCACACCGUUGGGUGUUACUCCACCUCCGCCACCAGCGAAGCCUGCCAAUUUAGCAGCUAUACCCACACUAAGACCUUCUGGUAGUGCUGCACAAUCUCCCACAGGAAUUGCUAGAUCAGUGACACCUCGACAAGCUAUGCGAGGCGUUACAUACGGAGCAGCUGUGCCUGCGACGCCAAUUACAAAUGUCACUACUGGCACCUCAAAUGUGCCACUUGCCAGCAAUAUUACCACGCUAACAAGUGUAUGUACUACAACAACAAUUACAACCGCCCCAACGAACAUCAAUACUAAUGUAGGACCACCGAUCGGUGGUAGCGUUGAUUCAGCGGCCUCCGAGCUUCAGGUAAUUCAUCAACAAUUUUCUUCUCGGUCUACGUUAAUUUAA